UCCCCGCGCCGCCACAAAAUGGCGGCUGCCUCUGAGGGAAGCAGCGGCGGCGGGAGCGGCGGCGGCCCCGCCUGAGGGGAGGGACGUGGAGCCCAUCCCGCUUCCCGUCCUCCGCCCCAGUAUCGACAUCGUCUCCGCCGUCCGCCCCCCCCUCCUCCGCCUCCCGCGGUGGGUAACCGGCCAAAGAAGUUAUGAAUAUUAUCUGUGGCUUAAAGCUGCCGGGCAGGAACUGUGUUUUCUCUCGUUUGGCUUCUUUGAGCAAGCAGAGGAAUUGCAAUAACCUCUCUAGGUCUUAUACGGGAUGGUGCCGAACUAACAUCAUCAAAUUUAGAUGCCAAAGGCUGGAUUUGAGUGGAAAUACUAGAAACUGGUUUUUGACUGGAAACCCUUACUCCCACGGAAACUUCAUCGGUAAAGGACUGAGGUGUCUUUUGAAUGUCCCAAAUACAGGAGUAUUCAGGAAUGCACGCCACAGUUCAGGAAGGCUUUGCUUCCAGUCAUCUCAGCCACCAGGGGAGAAGAUCACAUCUCUCCAGAUCAGUUCCGUGGGGCAACUCCCAAGUCACUUUUCUCAUUGGAACUUUCCCAUCAUCAGGUCUCUUCGCACAUCACCAUCAUUUCAGGCUGCGCCAGUUCCUCUUUUCUGGAUCAUUGUUAAGCCAGCUCAGAAAUUACUUGCCAUCAUUCUUGGCAGGAGCAUAAGAAAUUGGUGGAAGGCACUUCCUCCUAAUAAACGGGAACUGUUUAAAGAAAGUGCAAGAAAAAAUAAAUGGAAGAUACUCCUGGGUGUCAGUAGCUUAGGAGUUGUAUUUAUCGUGUUUUAUUUUACUCACUUGGAGGAGACACCCAUCACAGGGCGUGCUCGACUGCUGGUGUUUGGAAAGGAGCAUUUUAGAGAACUGUCACAGAUGGAAUAUGAGAUGUGGAUGGAGGAAUUCAAAAAUCAGAUGCUGCCUGAGACAGAUGCAAGAUACCAGGUUGUGGAGAGAGUUGUUGGGCAUUUGUCUGAAAGCAAUAAAGACAUCCCAGGGGUCUCGGCACUCAAGUGGGUGAUCCACGUGGUGGAUGAACCAGGUGUAAAUGCUUUUGUGCUUCCAAAUGGUCAAGUGUUUGUUUUCACUGGAUUGCUUGAGGCAGUUUCUGAUAUUCAUCAGCUGUCAUUUGUUCUGGGACAUGAAAUAGCUCAUGCUGUGCUGGAACAUGCAGCAGAGAAAGCCAGCCUGGUGCACUUCCUGGAUUUUCUCUCCCUCAUCUUUCUCACCAUGAUUUGGGCCAUCUGUCCUCGGGAUAGUUUGGCAGUUGUUGGCCAGUGGAUUCAGAGCAAGUUGCAGGAGUUCAUGUUUGACAGACCCUACAGCAGGACACUGGAGGCCGAGGCUGAUAAAGUGGGACUUCAGUUUGCAGCCAAGGCCUGCGUGGAUGUCAGAGCGAGCAGCGUGUUCUGGCAGCAGAUGGAGUUGGCAGAAACCAUCCAAGGGCAGCCCAAGAUCCCGGAGUGGCUUUCCACACACCCUUCCCAUGAGAACAGAGCGGAGCACCUGGACCGCCUGAUCCCACAGGCUCUUAAAAUAAGAGAGAGCUGCAAUUGCCCAUCCCUUUCUGGACCAGAUCCUCGCCUUAUUUUCAGACUUAACAUGCAACAUCUCCUGGAAUCGUCUAAAGAUCGAGAACACCCCAAUUCUACAAAGCAAGAUCCCUCAAAACCCAAACCAGACUUUGCUCACACUCAAAAAGUGGAAGAUAUGCCAGUAACUUUUGCAGUUAAACCUACAAACUAAUGACAAUGACUUUCCCCUUUUAUGGAACUGGUGGUCCCUGAAGGUCUGUCUUAAAACAUAAAUUUGUCUUUGAACCAUAAAGGAGAUGUAGCCACU